GGCGGCGGCGGCAGGUGGCCCCGCGCGCGGCUGCCGGCCCGGCCGGGGGCGGGCGGGAAGGUGGCGCCUCGAGCGGGGGCCGGUCCCUGCACCAGGUGACCUGAUCCGGCCCUGAUCCGGCCGGCCACGCCAUGCAGCCGCGCGGCGCGGGGUUCGGGUGGCCGCGGAGGCAGCACCAGCCCCCGCCGCCCGCGGUCGGCGUCCGGGCCGCAGCCAUGGCCCCCCCGAGCGGCGGCGCCCCCCCGGGCCUCGGCGGCCGCCCUGCCUGCGCGCUGCUCCUGUUCUGCUACCUGAAUUUUGUACCAUCUCUGGGCAGGCAGACUUCCCUGACUACACUGGUGAUACCCGAAGCUGAGCAAAGUAUGGCUUACAAAGACUUUAUUUAUUUCACUGUCUUUGAAGGAAAUGUUCGCAAUGUUUCUGAAGUCUCGGUUGAGUAUUUAUGCUCUCAGCCUUGUGUUAUCAAUUUGGAAGCAGUUGUGUCGUCUGAGUUCAGAAGUAGCAUUCCUGUGUACAAGAAAAGGUGGAAGAAUGAGAAACAUCUUCACACCAGCAGGACACAAAUAGUACAUGUGAGAUUUCCAAGCAUCAUGGUUUACAGAGAUGAUUAUUUCAUCAGACACUCCAUUUCAGUAUCCGCGGUGAUAUUACGUGCCUGGAUUACUCACAAAUAUAGUGGUGGAGACUUGAAUGUUAAAUGGGAGGAAAAUUUGCUUCAUGCUGUAGCAAAGAAUUAUACUCUGCUGAAGACAGUCCCGCCUUUUGAACGUCCUUUCAAAGAUCAUCAAGUGUGUCUUGAGUGGAACAUGGAUUAUAUUUGGAACCUUCGGGCAAACAAGAUUCCCCAGUGUCCUCUUGAAAAUGAUGUGGUUACCCUCCUGGGCUUUCUCUAUGCCUCCAGUGGCGAAAACACGGGCAUCGUGAAGAAGUUUGCGAGGUUUCGGAACCGAGAGCUGGAGGCCACGCGACGCCAGCGGAUAGAUUACCCAGUGUUUACUGUUUCAUUGUGGCUUUAUUUACUCCAUUAUUGCAAGGCCAAUCUCUGUGGGAUUCUGUAUUUUGUCGAUUCUAAUGAGAUGUACGGCACACCUUCUGUAUUUCUUACUAAAGAGGGCCACUUGCAUAUUCAAAUGCACCUUGUCAAAGGAGAAGACCUUGCUGUAAAAACUAAAUUCACCAUGCCUUUGAAGGAGUGGUUUCGACUGGAUAUCUCUUUUAAUGGAGGCCAGAUAGUAGUAACCACUACCACUGGACAGGAUUUGAAAAGCCACCACAAUCAGACCAUUAGCUUCCGGGAAGAUUUCCAUUAUAAUGACACGGCUGGAUACUUCAUUAUUGGCGGUAGCAGGUAUGUGACUGGCAUUGAAGGAUUUUUUGGACCCCUGAAGUACUAUCGCCUCCACACUCUACACCCAGAACAGAUUUUUAAUCCCCUCCUUGAGAAGCAACUUGCCGAACAAAUCAAGUUAUAUUAUGAUAGGUGUGCUGAGGUUCAAGAAAUACUGUCUGUGUACACAUCCAGGGUCGAGCAAGACAGCGGGAGGCAAGAAGCAUGUGAGCUGCGGAACUCCUACCUGGACCUGAAGCACAGGUACGAGAGCCUCUCCACUUGCAGAGCCCUCCCCUGGGAGAAGGAGCUGAGAGACCAGCACCCCAGCUUGUUCCGGGCCCUGCUAGAGAUGCAUUUGUUGACAGUGCCAAGGAACCAGAAUGAAUCUGUAUUAGAAAUCGGUGGGAGUAUAUUUGAAAAGGCUGUAAAGAGGCUCUCCAGUGUGGAUGGUCUUCACCACAUUCGCUCUGUCAUCCCGUUUCUGAUGGAUUCCAGCUGCUGUGGAUACCACAAAGCAUCCUACUACCUCGCCGUCUUUUAUGAAACUGGAUUAAAUGUACCUAGGGAUGAGUUGCAGGGCACGUUGUAUAGUUUGGUUGGAGGCCAGGGCAGUGAGAGGCUGUCUUCAAUGAAUCUUGGGUACAAACACUACCAGGGUAUUGGUAACUACCCCCUGGACUGGGAGCUGUCCUACGCCUACUACAGUAACAUUGCUAUGAAGACUCCCCUUGACCAGCACACACUCCGAGGAGAUCAGGCAUAUGUUGAAACAGUCAGACUAAAGGAUGAUGAAACACUGAAGGUACAAACCAGAGAAGAUGGAGACGUCUUUAUGUGGCUGAAGCAUGAGGCCACGCGCGGCAACGCGGCAGCUCAGCAACGAUUGGCCCAGAUGCUGUUCUGGGGCCAGCAAGGUGUGGCCAAGAAUCCCGAAGCGGCGGUCGAGUGGUAUGCCAAGGGCGCCCUGGAGACUGAGGACCCUGCGUUAAUAUAUGACUAUGCCAUUGUGUUGUUCAAGGGUCAAGGAGUAAAAAGGAACAGACGGCUUGCCUUAGAGCUGAUGAAGAAAGCAGCUUCCAAGGGAUUGCAUCAGGCAGUCAAUGGCCUGGGAUGGUAUUACCACAAAUUCAAGAAAAAUUAUGCCAAAGCAGCAAAGUACUGGUUAAAAGCAGAAGAAAUGGGAAAUCCAGACGCAUCAUACAAUCUUGGAGUCCUGUAUUUGGACGGCAUUUUCCCAGGAGUUCCUGGCAGGAAUCAAACUCUCGCUGGUGAAUAUUUCCAUAAGGCUGCCCAAGGAGGACACAUCGAAGGAACUUUGUGGUGUUCCCUCUACUAUAUGACAGGCAACCUGGAGACAUUCCCCAGAGAUCCUGAGAAGGCGGUUGUAUGGGCAAAGCAUGUAGCUGAGAAAAAUGGCUACUUGGGCCAUGUCAUUCGCAAAGGCCUCAACGCCUACCUGGAAGGCUCAUGGCAUGAAGCUUUGCUGUAUUAUGUUUUAGCAGCAGAAACUGGAAUUGAAGUGUCACAGACAAAUUUAGCACACAUCUGUGAGGAGAGGCCUGACCUGGCCAAGAAAUACUUGGGUAUUAAUUGUGUUUGGAGAUACUAUAAUUUCUCUGUUUUUCAAAUCGAUGCUCCUUCAUUUGCAUAUUUGAAAAUGGGAGACCUUUACUACUAUGGCCACCAAAACCAGUCACAAGACCUUGAGUUGUCUGUGCAGAUGUACGCCCAAGCAGCUCUGGAUGGAGACUCACAGGGGUUUUUUAACCUGGCCCUGCUGAUUGAGGAAGGUGCUACAAUUCCACAUCAUAUUUUGGAUUUCUUGGAAAUUGACCCAACUAUCCAUUCUAAUAACAUCUCCAUCCUCCAGGAGCUGUAUGAAAGGUGCUGGAGCCACAGUAGCGAGGAGUCCUUCAGCCCCUGCUCCCUGGCCUGGCUUUACCUUCACUUACGGCUUAUCUGGGGCACCAUCCUGCACUCUGCCCUGAUCUACUUUCUGGGAACUUUCCUGCUGUCCAUAAUGAUUGCCUGGACUGUGCAGUAUUUCCAGUCUGUCUCAGCCAGCGGUUCCCAGAUGACACCAGCCCAGACCUCCUCAGACCCAAGUGCUCCCCCUGCAAGUGCAGCUGGGACUCUAGGUGCAGACGCCUCUGCUCAGGACCAGCCCACAGUCGCCAAUAACCCAGAGCCACGUGGGUGAACUGGGCAUCCCAGGUCUUUCAAGACGAGAGAGUCCUUUCAACAGCUGGUAUUGGAAAGCUGGGGGCAGAGCAUUAUACUGAUCAAACACCUUAAAUGUCUUGUCAGCUGGAUGCGAAUUUUGUACUUGGUGUCUUUCUUUUUUUUUUUUAUCAAAUUACAAGGAAAUAACCCAGAGCAGACAGAGGUUAUGCCAAAGGUUAUCAAAUACAAGGAACAUUCUGAUCAUAGGGGUGUGUCUGAAAGGUUAACUGGGUCAUUGCAGACACCCAUUCCUGGUGAUUGUGUGUGGGGAAUCACAGAUCACCCUGAGGCAUAUCCAAAUCCUUACACAGAGAUAUGUUUGAAGAACUUAGCCCGUGUUUGUUGCCUUUCAUUAAAGAACAGAAAAUUGUGAUUUCUCUGCCAGUCAGAUAAUACUGCAGUACAUGUGUUUGUCACAGCCCAGCUCCUCGAAGUCCAAUUGACAGAUUUCCAUUUGACUUCCAAGACCCAGCAGUUCUAAGGCACCUUGAAAUAAAUAGGUUAUGGUUGGAAAUGCACAGGAGGUGAUAGCUUUGUAAAUGGGUUUACAUUUUUCUCCUUGAAUUUUUCUGGGGUCAUAGUGCUUCUGAAUCAUUUAAUGACACUGUUGGAUAUCAUUUACUUUUCAAAUGCAAUCCAGACAAUAACAUUUAGAAAAUCCUUAGUAUUUAACAGCAGUCUUCUCCAUGAAUUACCCAUUAGAAUAGACUGGCAGUAGUGGAAUAUGCAGGAAAAAAGCCUUCAGCUCAUAGUCUCAUCCCCAUCCCUAUGCUUGCCUGAGUCUGGGGUGUGUGUGUGUGUGUGUGUGCAUGUGUGUGUGCAUGUGUGUGUGUUUGUGUGUGGAGACAGAGAAAGAGGGAGGGAGGGAGAGAGGAAGGAACAGCAGACUGUAUACUACAUGCUGCUAAGGUAGUAAAUAAACCAGUGAUGCAAUAUUGUGGGUCCAAACUACUCUUUGCACUACUUUAUUUACAGUAGUAAAUAAAAAUUAUUUUUAUACCAUUGA